UGCCCUGUCAACUUUCGAUUAAGAUUAGUCUUGCACCCAGGCAAUCUUAGGUCUCGUAGACUAUGUCCACUCCCGAGCUACCAGCUGGACAUGCAAGAGCCGAUGGAUCAGCAGAGCUACCCAGAUGGGUUACUCACGCCCUCUCUCAACCCGUGGAUUGAAUUUCGUCACCGGGCUUCUACAUCGGCCGGUUUGCACCAGCACCAUCUGGAUUCAGCUCACCCCCGUCGCCGCGCGCAAUGUCACUCGUACAGACCAGAGAGCGAUGAUGAUGAUGAGGAGGAGGAGCGGAGCGCACCCAGUUCCACAGCCAACCUCCACCCGAUCUGCAGGGCUUACCCAACAAUUUCGCAGCUCACAAGCGUCAUCGCUCUUGGCCCCUGCAACAUGUGAUUUUCGCCAGGAGAGCAUCUUCCUGCUUCACCUGUAGACGAUUCCAUGCAUAGUAUGACCGGUACUUGAGUAAGAGCGUGGUCCAGAGGCGAAAGCCACUGCAAAUCUCCAUCCUAUUGGCGCGAAGUAUGGCGAAU